AUGAAGGCUGCCCAAGACAGACAGAAGAGCUAUGCUGAACGUCGAAGAAGGAACCUCGAGUUCCAAGUUGGUGAUCGUGUCUACCUCAAAUUAUCACCCAUGAAAGGAGUUUCUCGGUUUAGGAAAAAGGAGAAGUUAAGUCUAAGAUACGUGGGACCAUACAAGAUAUUGGAAAGAGUAGGAGCAAUCAAUUAUAAACUAGAUUUUUUCGCUGAAUUCCAAGGAAUUCACAACGUAUUCCUUGUAUCUUCCCUCAAGAAGAGCUUUGAGAAACAGAGACCAAUAGUUGUAGAUACGAAGGAUAUUUUGCUACAACCUGACCUAACUUAUGAAGAAAUUCCUGUUCAGAUCACAGAUUGGAAGGAUAAGGAACUAUGGAAUCGGAAAAAUCGUCUAGGUAAGGUUCUAUGGUGGAAUCAUGAUGUUGAGGAAACUACUUGGGAGAAGGAAGUCGAUGUGAGGAACAAUGGCAUCCAUAUUAUUUCAUCCUGUGACCCGCAUUUCUCUCGUUGUUUACAAUUGCACCAUGGCCAAAAAUGGUAG